UGAGAGCUGGUUUACUUUCUGUGCCAGUUGAUCUCAGGUGACACACUAGAGGGUUAUUAUGGCUUGUUUCACUCUCUGGAGACUGUAGUGUGUGUGUGUGUGUGUGUGUGUGUGUGUGUGUGUGUGUGUGUGUGUGUGUGUGUGUGUGUGUGUGUGUGUGUGUGUGUGUGUGUGUGUGUGUGUGUGAGAGAGAGAGAGAGAGAGUGCCAGUGCCAGUGGGUAGUGUACAAACUACAGUGUCUGUUUUUCUGAGUCUCUGCAUCUUUUUCCUGUAGAGAAAGAAUUAAGAAUUCAAGAGAAAGAUCACCCAAAGCAUGUUUGAGUCUAUUUUUUUGAUGGCUAAAUUUAAAGUAAAUCAUUGGGUCACCAUGAGAAUCAGUGUUGCCAUAAUAACUCUGCUGCCUAUUUGCACAACAGUACCACAGCACAGUCAGUGGGAAAGGAAAAUUCUAUCAUCAACAGAAAUUCCUGUAGCACACAUUGACCCUGGUUCCAUUGACCUGACUCCAUUAAUAAACACACUCCUAAAUGCUUCACACACAGGCUCUGAGCACUUGUUCUCUGUUCUGAGUGUGACAUCACACAGCUCUCUUGCACUGCACAAAAUCACCCUGCUGAUCUACAACAUCUCUAGUUUUCAGGACAUUGAGACCAAUAUGUUUCCCCUGAGAUACUGCUACUGUGUGACAAACAAAACCAAUGACCUCACAGAUUUUACAGCCAUACUGCUGGAUGUGAUGGGGAACUCAACUAGCUACCUGCAGGAGCUGUUUAAAUCUAGCUCUAUUCUCUCAGUAAACCAGAUGAGGAGCUCAGACUGUAUCUACAUCUGUGUAAUGGCUGGAAAAACAGACAGAGAUCAGACAGAGCUGUGGGAUUCUGUUCCUCCACUGUUCAACCAGACCAUUAUAGAGCACAUACACACAGCUAUAUCAGCAGAUUUCCCAUCUUCCUCUACCACACACCCUGCUGUUUCUGUGACUUCUCCAACCACAGCUACCACCACUGCAACUACACCUUAUGCCACUUUGACGGUGCCAACCAGUGGUCACAUGACAGCUGUACCUACUGCUGUGUCAAUGACAGCUGGGUUGAAUACUACUAGUACUACACUCACAACAGUUCCCAUGAGAGCAGUGCCUGUUAGUGUUCUCAUCCCAACAUCAGACACUGUUCCAACAUCAACUCAAACAUCACCAGCCAGAAGCACUGCAGUUCCAUCUGAAUCACCAGCCACAACUACCACACACCCCACUGCUUCCAUGACAACCACAUCUUCAACGGUACCAACGAUGGCUUAUCCAGCAACAGAAACAUCAACAAUUCCUAUGAAACCUGAUGCAACAAAACCCAGUCCAUCUACCAACAGAACCCCUCACAUAGCAGGUUGCCCAUGGCGAUCUGAGCUUAUUUAUAGAGGAAGUCAGAGAGGGGACCAGAAAGAAACUCUGGAUGAGGACCUGAGUUUGAACAGUCCAACAAUCAGCACAAUAAAGCUGCAGCCAUGUGUGUUUGAGCUGUGCAAGUUUUUCUCCCAGUGCCUUUGCAGAGGUUUCAGUCAGAAAACUACUCUUCAGAGGUACUGCAUAGACAGUCAUUUUUGGUAUGAAAAGCACACAGUGGAAGUCUGCAAUCGUGUGAAAAGAGUCACCUUCUCCAAGAGUCUGAAGCAGAAGUGCCUGGCAAAGAUGUGUGUUAAAAUGUGAGAAGAGUAUGAUGUCCCUGCAUUACUGUUACCGAGCAACGGACCAAAUCAUGAACCCUUUCACCUCUGAA